CGCCUCUCUUCGUUAAUAAAGCUCUGCCCGAACCUGCCCACACCAAAUCACACACCUCGAGGUGCUGCCCGUACGAACCCCCGACGACGACAAUCUCCCCUUCGUCAUCCACCUCUUGUCCGUCCGGUGGUAUCAGAAGUUCUACCACGUUUCCGAAUCGCUCUUCAAUGUCUUUGUGAAGACUUCGACACGGUCUCUGCUGGUACGCGUGAGCGACGUGUGUUCGCCUGCCACGUCGCGUGCCCGUCGUCCACAGAGCAACCCCUCUCGACACCACAUACACACACACACACACACACACACUGUCUGUCGAACAAACCAAAUCGACAAACCAACCGAGCUUUUUUUCGUUUCUUGUCGUUGAGCAUAUUGAUUGGGCAUUUUUUAUGGCAGCCAUAUCUCUCUCACCGAACCUCGCCCCUCCUCGUCCGGCCAUGUCCACUAGACGAACGCCUUUGUCUAGCAACCCCAAUGUGGUCAAUUCCCCCUUGAGAGCCGCUUCUGCUCUGGCUCAAGCCAAGCACAAGCGCUCCCAUGCCAAUAUCCAGCGAGAAGAAUUAUACGCCCAACCACCGCCCUACAAAAAGCAGGCUGUCGAGAACGUUGGGUCGCGUCAACUGCGGUCGCCGUCCAAGAUCACGAAGGCCUCCCAGCUACCCCAACGUGUGGGUCGGCCCGUCACUAAGGAACGUUCGACACACCAUGAUGACGCCAGCGUCGAGAGGAUCCGUCAAUGGCAGGCCGAAUACCGGGGGAGGUUCCCCAAGAUGGUCUUUUACUUUGAUAGUGUCCCCGAAGACCAGAGGGCCAAGCUUUCCAGACACGCACAGUCUCUCGGAGCCAGAGACGAACGAUUCUUUUCGAGCAGCAUUACCCACGUCGUGACCGCCCGCCCGAUACCAGUGCAAGAGGACAUGCAAACGUCUGCACAUGUCGAGCCCGAAGAACAGCCCCAGACCAUCAACCCGUCCCUUCUCGACCGGUCUACCGAUGCACGAAGGCGUCUCCUGCUGGAAACCACGUCGAGACGACCCCACACUCAAAACCAGGAUGACAGAACCAGGCGGACGCGAUCGACCCAGAGUAACGAUGUCCUACAUAAGGCCCGCGAUAUGGGCAAAAAGAUUUGGUCUGUGGAGAAGUUCCAGAGGAUGCUGCAGUUUCUAUUGGAGCCAGACCCGCAUGUUGUCGCGGCCUAUGGUGCUAAGGGCGAGCCUACGAGGCACCUGGUAAACAAAAAGACUACGGAGGAGCCCGGCUUGUUGCAGAUGUUGCAGCACGAGCGACUAAACGGACCUUCAGAUGCCGUGGCCAGCAGGGAGAUGAUCAAUUUCAAGGGCCCGUACCUUUACGUCUACGACAUUGACGAGAAGCAGAAGCCCAUUAUGGUGCGGGAGUACCCCAAGGUCAACAACAAAUACGAUGGCGAGUGGCCCCAGUUCAGGACUGUUACGGACGGACGCUGCCCAUUUGUCGAGGAACCUGAGGCGACCGAACGCCCUAGUCGGAAGCCAUCCACGCAGCAAAAGGAACAGAGGGAACCGAAAGAACGUGCUGCAACGAAGCCGGUUGCGGAAGAACGGCAAUCUCGUCAACUUCCUGAAGCCCUUGUACCCAAGGCCGUCAUUGGCAAGCGCACGCUCUCUGAAAUGCAAGAUGAGCAGAACAAGACUCGGCCUGUGAUGAAGCCCAUGGACGUGUUCAACCCUCCUAAGGCCGUGGUUGCCAAUCCCAUUGAUUUUGGACGAACACAGAACGCUUUUACCGGCCGGACUGGCACUGGCCGUUUCUUUGCAGGCGAGCCUGUGGCUUCUGGAGUGCAGCCGUCCAACAUCACAUCGGCUAUCCGCUCGCAGAUGAUAUCUUCUACAUCUGGUAUCAAUGGUGCAAAGGCCGGUACUAGCAAGGAAGUGCAUGGUUUGCAGCGAAAGGUGCUGCAAAGGGGAGCUCCUACGCCACAGGACGCCAGCUCUCGAAGGCUUACUGAGAUGUCGUUGGAUGCGACAUCUGCCCGGUCUACCAGCGUCUCCAGGACUACUAGCAGGCGAAUGGAGCUUAUCGAGGAGGAUCCUGACAAGCAGAGCUCCAAGCUCUCCAAAGCCAGCUGCAAGACGGCAGCACCGCCUCCUAAGAGUAAGCGUGACCUGAAGCCGGGAUAUUGUGAGAAUUGCCAGGACAAAUUUAAGGACUUUGAUGAGCACAUUCUUACUCGCAAACACCGCAAGUUUGCCGAAAACAUCGAUAACUGGGCCGAGCUAGACGACCUUCUUGGCCAACUGGGCCGAGUACCCAAAUAUUCGAGGCACUCGCACUGCGAUAAUUACGCGGGCGAGUCUUUGUAGGCCUGGCCGGCCCAUGGACCAUUUCAUCCCACCGCCCGGCAUCUUGACUCCGACCCUGCCCAGCUUCCAAAUAUUCUUCUCGAUUCCCCCUCUUGCCAACGCUAGCAUCUUCAGAGCACGGCGCAUAUUUAUCAAAAAAGCUUACGGAUUCGUUCUACUUCCAGUGGAACCAAACGAUACCAGAGGACUGGCCAACAUGGAACCAUGUUUGGUUCCAUAUCAUGUUUUAUUUUCUCUUCACUUCGUCUUUCUCUAAUCGGCGGCUCGCACUGAAAGCAUUGCAUGCACAAUGGCGUUCGGCAUGGAGCAUUUUAUACCACGAUGGCUCAGUUUUUCUUACUUGGCACGGGCAGGACGGCGGCAGUCGUACGUGAUCAGAGGCAGGAGCAUGCGGACAGGAGGAAAGGGACCAAGACGGCGUGUCAUAAUGAAAGCAUGGUGUAGAUAUAUCGUUGAACAGUCUAUGCUUGUGUAUAUUGUACGUUGAACACGAAGAGGCUGCAUGGUUUGGGAAAGUAUGUUGCUACGGACGUGAUGAAGUUUAAUGGAUCGCAACCACUUAAGGGCGUAAAGAAGAAUCCAUGCAUUUUUAUCUUUCUAUCACAAAAUUUAAGUACCCCCCCUGUUUUCCUUCCUGUCCAAGUACGCAUGUGGUGUCAUGGGAAGAGCAAAUUCUAAUUGCCAUCGGAUUUGCCUGUUUGGAAGAGGUGCAAGUGUCAAAUCCUUCCAGAGAAGCAACUGAUGUAAUUGAAAUCUCCGGAGUCCGGGGGCGCUUUGACAGCCACGCUUUUUUGGACAUUCGAAAAGCAAGCGGCUUGCUGUUGGUCUGAUCAUAAGAGGCUUGGGGAAAGGGAGCGAACGCUAUCUCCAUGAACUAAAGGUGUCUUCUGUUGGUGGCGAUCCGAGCUCGGGUUACGGGCCGUGUACACGUUUGCUCACUGCAAGGAACGUCCUAGCAGCAAGUAGCAUCCACCUCAUCUGCCUAGUCACCUCGAGCAUAACAUCAUCGGUGUGUGUUCACCUUUGGUCAAGUUGGAUAUCCGGGGAGGGAUGAAAUGAGUCAACUCGCUUCCCGAUAGGAAGGCCAGGUGAGUGAAUAGAAUAGGGCUUAUGACGCGACCGGCGGCCACAGCCCCAUCGUCACGAUGAAGUCAGACAUCGGACGAACCCACGCGUUCACGUCAGACCUGCGUGUUGCGCUCGCAGCCCCCACACCGGCGCCGGCACAUAAGGGACGCGGGAUUGUCCUGGUUCCAGCACUCAAGCCGCCCCACUCUUGUUCUGGAGAAAUCUACAUAGUACGGAGUACUGACUCAAUCUUUCUCCGCCGGGUCCAGGCCCCGCCAGGACACUCGCGCGACAUAAGUAGUAAUAAUUCCCUCCACAGCAUCAU